CAUCAACACUCGGUUGCUGGUGAACCAAGGAGUCUAUGAUAGUUGGACCUUUGAGCGCCUACGAUUCUUGACAGCUCAACAUCGCCCCUAGCACGAUCAAGCGAAACGAACAUCUGUCCAUUCACAAUGUCUCAGGAAGGAGCUGCCGUUCCAGCCUCUGCGAAAAGCAGCUGGUCUUCGUUCUUGAAGAGCAUAACGUCCUUUUCGGGAGACAUAUCCACCCUCACCGCACCUCCCUUCAUUCUUAGCGGCACGUCCCUUACCGAAUAUUCUAGCUACUGGGCGGAGCAUCCGAGCAUAUUUGUGGCGCCGGCCAAAGAGAAAGAUCCGUCAAAGAGAGCCCUUCUUGUGCUGAAGUGGUUCCUGACCACGCUGAAGCAGCAGUACAGCAGUCGUAGUGAAAGCUUGGGCACCGAGAAGAAGCCAUUGAACCCCUUUCUUGGCGAAUUGUUCCUGGGCAAAUGGGUUGACGACGCCGGCACAACGAAGCUUGUCAGCGAGCAAGUCAGCCAUCAUCCGCCGGUCACAGCGUAUUGUAUCUGGAACGACGAGCAUGGUGUCAGAUUACAGGGCUACAAUGGGCAGAAAGCUUCCAUCUCGAAGACCCUGACCAUCACAAUCAAGCAGGUCGGGUAUGCAAUUCUGCAUCUGAACGAAUAUGACGAAGACUAUCUCAUUACGCUUCCCAAUCUACAUAUCGAAGGAGUGUACACCGGAGCACCGUUUGUUGAGCUAGAUUCUUCGUCGUACAUCACUUCGUCUUCUGGCUUCACGGCCAAGAUCGACUACAGUGGCCGCGGUUGGAUAUCCGGCAAAAAGAACACCUUUUCUGCAACGCUUUACAGCACCGAAAAGCCCAAGGACGUGCAUUAUUAUGUUGACGGACAAUGGAACGAAGCAUUCAAGAUCAAAGAUUCCAAGAAGCAGGAAAUUGAUGCGUACGACGCCAGCCAGUGCCCAACAACAAAGCUCAUGAUAGCACCCAUUGAAGAGCAGCAUCCCCUAGAGUCAAGACGUGCCUGGCAGCACGUUGCUGCAGCUAUCAACAAGGGCGACAUGGAGGUCACGCAAGCCGAAAAAAGCAAGAUUGAAAAUGAACAACGUGACUUAAGGAAGAAAGAGAAGGAAGAAGGCGUGGAAUGGGAGAGAAAGUUCUUCACACGUCGAGAGAGCGACGAAAUCUUCGACAAGCUGUCUCAGAACAUCGGCUAUGUCGCCGAUCCUAAGCAGACAAACGGCGUCUGGGUUUGGGACCAAGCGAAGGCUGAAAAGGCGAUCCCGCCAAUUCCACAAUAGUGCUUUGCCUUCGCACCUGAAGAUACACACAAGCUGAUUUAUAGACUGCUUUGGUUUGAGCAUUACAUUGCGCCUGCGCCCACAAGGCUUUUGAUUCAAGUGGCAAGGCAGCGUUGCUCAUUGAGAACUUAGGAGUCCCAUGAAACUAUAACCGAGGUCCACGUCAAUUUCACUGCAUGCGGUUGUGCUUGCAUGCAAGAUUGGUCAAAACGAAACAAUACAAGUAGUACGCAAGAUUACAUGUGAUUCUUGCAACGCAUAUUCUUCCGCCUUUCUAUUGGUGCAGUCGUUUGUGUUGUUGCAUUUUAGAGGACGGGUGAAGCGCUGAGUCUGGGGUUGACGCUCCCCUUUCGUCUGGCAUGGAGAUCAAGCUCUUGCAAAGUGUUUUGGUAUUGUUUUCGCCAGUUACCAUUGAAUGAAACACAGACCCGACUUGAUAUCAAGCUUUAACAGAGUAAGUUGCAUGUCGUAGCCGAUACGCAAUUGAUCGAUCGUGGCUUGUGCAGCAACGAAUCUAGAAUAAAUAAGAGACGAACAACUCUGUAUCGCAACCCGAAUCAAUGACAAAUCCAGCUAAAUGCAAG